AUGGCCAAAAAAUUGUGCAUCAGUGCCCCAGAAUUAUCGAAUUCUGCCUUUUUAAAAUGGGUUUCAGAAAAACGCCAAAAUCGCUUGUCUAUCCUAAUCACGGGCAAGACCGGAGUCGGUAAAUCUCGUCUUGUAAACGCUCUUGUUGGAGAGCGAGUUGCGAAGGAAGGUCGAUCCACAAGCGCUUGCACCGACACCGUCACUUCGUACAAAACUGAAAUCAGUGGUGUUGAUGUAGUUGUAUGGGAUUCGCCAGGUCUACAAGGUGUAACGUGCAACGAAAGACUGUAUCUUCAGGAAAUGGAGAGCAAGUUAAGUCAGGGUAUCGAUGUUAUGAUUUACUGCAUCAGUAUGACCGAUAGGCGGUUUUAUGACGCGGAUAAACAUGCAAUCCGUACCCUGACAGAGGUUUUUGGGAGUAAACUAUGGAAGAAUAGUGUGGUGGCUUUAACCUUUGCUAACUUUAAGACCAAAGAUCCAGAUGAAGAGAGUGACCUAGAUUACUUCUUGAGUGAGAAGUACUUCUGGGAAAAAGAAAUCGAUGAAUUCCUAGCCAAACUUAAGGUUGAUUUACAAGUGCGUCAACAGAUUCCAAUUGUUCCGACGGGAAAUUAUAAACAAUUUUGCCUUCCCGGUUGUGAGAACUGGCUCUUGGAGCUGUGGAUAAAAUGCUUCAAUGUCAUGAGCAUUUCGUCAGGGUUAGCAUUCUUCAAAAUUAACGAGAGCCGUUUGAAAUAUCUAGACAGUUCUCCAGUCACCGCAAGCACGGCCGCCGCUGCCUGUUCCACUUAUAAUCCUGAUGCUCAUGAGGAUAUCCCAACAGAGAUUCCUCAUAAUCAAGAGCAAGAAGAUGGGCUCUUAAAGAGGCUAUGGAAGACUUUCUUGGACCCUAAGAGUGAGAAAAUCAUGUCACAACAGGCAAGUGAAAGGGAAUCAAAGCCUGAAAAACUUAUUGAUACUAUCAGGCAUAAAAUAGAGAAGAAUGAACAGUUCUUUUCCUUGGAGUUUUAUCCACCAAAGACCUUCAAUGGAGCAACCAACCUCAUGGCAAUACUUGGAAGAUUACAUGAACAGUGUACUCCUCUCUUUUGUGACAUCACUUGGAAACCAUCUCAAGACCCUAUGUCAGACAAGUGUCAGUCAGAGCCUAGCACACUGUUAGUUUCGGCAGCAAUGAUUGAUGUAUAUGGACAAAAUAUUAUGAUUCACAUCCCAUCAGGAAACACAACAAGAAGUCAGGUGUUGGAGCAUCUUAAUCGAGCUAAAAAUCUUGGUAUUAAAAGUGUUCUUGCAGUGAGAGGAGAUGAAAGCUAUGGUGAGGACAUGACACCAAAAGAAGAUGGAUUUGACUACACUGUGGACCUGGUUAAAUUUAUCAAAAGUGAAUUUGGAGACCACUUCACAAUAGGAGUGGUAGGUUAUUUGAUGGCCUCCUCUGACGUUCACAGUUAUGAAGAAGACUUAAAACAUCUUAAAGCCGAGGUUGAUGCCGGUGCAGACCUUAUCAUUACACAAAUGUUCUUUGAAGUUAAAACUUUCCUUAAGUUUGUUGACGAUUGCCAGAGAUAUGGAAUCAAUGUUCCCAUUAUACCAGCCCUUUUUCCAAUACAGAACUUUAACUCAUUGCGGCAACUGAAACGGCAAUCCCGCGUAGAGAUACCACAGUGGCUGUUGGACAAACUGGCUCCAAUGAAAGAUGACACCACUGCCGUCAUGAAUUACGGCAUCAAAUACUCCACAGAGAUGUGUAAACAGCUGUUUGAAAGCGGCCACGUCCAUGGUGUACAUUUCUAUACGUUGAACAGGGAGACCUCUAUCACAGAAAUUCUGGAAAAGAUUGGAAUGUCGCACAAGGAGGACGAACUGGAUUCCGCUUCUAUGCGGAGACUGCCUUGGAUGCCGAGCCCCGCCCAAGCAAGGAGGGGCCAAAUGGAGCUAGUGCGUCCGAUUUUUUGGACCUCAAGACCUCGAAGUUACAUGAUCCGUACUUCAAACUGGGACGAGUUCCCGAACGGGAGGUGGGGAGAUUCUAGCGCAGCGUCAUUUGGAGAAUUGAAGGAUUAUCAUUUGGUGCUGCUGGGUACAAACAAGAGUAAAGAGGAACUGUUGAACAUGUGGGGACGCGAGUUGAACAGCCCUGAGGACGUGUUUGAAGUGUUUGUGUGCUAUUUGAAUGGAAAUGAAAACAGACAUGGGUACAAGGUAAAGGAACUACCAUGGAAUCAGGAUGAACUAGCAGCAGAAACAUUGCCUUUUGUCGAUAAACUCGCCCAUAUCAACAGACACGGAAUACUCACGAUCAACAGCCAGCCAAACGUGAAUGGUGCACCUUCCACAGACCCCGUGUCGGGAUGGGGGCGUCCGGGCGGAUACGUUUUUCAAAAGGCUUAUUUGGAGUUCUUUACCAGUGAAGAAAUAGCAAUGUGCCUUCAUGAAGUCCUUCAAGACUAUCCUACGGUUAAUUAUCACAUUGUGAACUUCUCGGGAAAGGAAGACGUGACAAAUGCGAAUGUGUACUCUUCCAAUGCUGUUACUUGGGGCGUGUUUCCAGGAUCAGAGAUUCUUCAACCGACUGUAGUGGAUCCUAUUGCUUUCCAGUUUUGGAAGGACGAGGCGUUUGCUCUCUGGAAGCAUCAGUGGGGACAUAUUUAUCCCGAUAAAUCUCGUUCACGUGGGAUAAUCGACACCAUUCAUGAUACUUAUUAUCUUAUUAACCUGGUUGACAAUGAUUAUGUGGCUGGAAAUAUCUUAUUUGAUAUUCUGGACAUCGUGUUGAAAAAACUGGGCAAAAUAUGAUGUACUGCUGUAUACUGGUGGGAUCGCAAAAUUAGUACGAUUUGUCGUUUUUGCCUUGUUCAAUAGCAAGAUGAGGUUGUUGGGAAGUUCUUUUUUUCAUGAUUAUGAUGCAAUGACAUAUGAUCGACUUUUGACGCCAAAAUUUAUAAACCUCUUACUAACCGAGUUCGAGGUCUGUACUCUAAGUUACGGACCACGUCACACGCGGGUCAUAAAAUCCGAGCGGAAAGAACAAGGUGAUAUGUGGUUGUUUGCGCUUUGAACAGAGACAUAAAUGUUGAUCUCGAUCUUGCAGGAUCCUUACAUUUGAUUGACAUGGGACGAUUAGUAACAAAUUAGGAAGAUUAGUAGCAGUCUCCUUUUCGGUAAAGUCCUUCGCGCGUGUCAAAAAUAAUCAACCCAGAUAGAGAAAUGAUGUUAGUACGCCGCGCGGAACUUUGAGAGUGAGCUGCACUAAAAGUAGCACUCUCCGAGUUCUGCGCGGCGCGCUAACAUCAAUUUAUUUAAUCGCUGAUUUUUUUUGUUUCGACUCGCACGACGGACUUCGCCGAAAGGACGUACCGCUUGUAUUGUACAAAUUAAGAACAGGAAAUGCUAUGUGAUCUUCAUUGAAAAUUGAGCUAAUUUUUACUGGAGGAUCGUUUCAUGAAAGCAUCGUGAGAAAUUCACUCGUUAAUUUUUCAAAAGCAACAUUCAUUCAUUUCUUAAAAAAUAUUACUUACACAUGAAAGCGUGAAAUGCUAGGCUGAUUGUAAAAAGAGUAAAUGGAAAUUACCUUCAGAAACACCUUCACAAACAUCUAAUAUAUAUCCGGUUAUUGGUAAAAUGAUAAGAUGAACAUACUUGAAGAUUAUUGAAA